AGCGCGUCACCGAUCGCGCGCACUCCGCAGCCGAGAGACGCGCAUUUCUAAAGGAGUGUCACGUCCUUACACGUUAUUCAUAGGACGGAGAGAUAUAAUUCACAUCCAAAUUCGAUAUUCGUCGUAAUGGACGGUAAUCAUUUCUAUUUAAUGAAUGAAUGCAUGGCCAGAUUGCUCAAACCCAACAAUAAAGCGAAACCCAUCUGCUAUGGAGACUGACCGCGCAUCCGUGCGAACGGACACAACGAUGCGCUUCAGACGGUAAACAAUCACGGGUGUUCCUGAAUGUGUCUUAUUUAAGACAACCUGACAUUUAAAGGAUGGGGUACGUGGACCCAACAUCCAGUAGAGAUUUGCUGGGAAACAGAUCUCUUUGUUUUAUUUUCAUAUGUGCUUUUGGACUGGUUACCUUAUUCCAGCAAAUCCUCUAUGGCAAGAAUUACAUCAAAAGUGGGCAACAAUUUAACCGCCUCAAAGGACAGGAGGUGGGCAACUGGAGCGGUCUCAUUAGUUACCCUGAUGAUGGAGGGAUGAAGCUGUCCAGAAAUGGAAGGAAAAGACGUGUCCAUCAGAAUUUUCACCACUCAGCAGCUCUGAGAUGCGUAUCUUUCACGCCCUGCCUAGCCGAUAUUAAGAAGAAAAAGCAGAGAAGGUAUCUGGAACGCUCGCAGGGCUCAAUGGAGUUUAAUUCCAGUGCAUGCAAGGAACUACGACAGGAGAUCACAGAUGUGAAAGUACUGACAAUGAUUAAGACGUCAGAAUUGUUUGAGCGAUGGAGAAACCUUCAGGUGUGUAAGUGGGAGCAAAACAAGGAGGAGAUUGAUAACUUCAAGAUGUCUCUGUCACGAUGCUGCAAUGCCCCCUCUUUUCUGUUUACCACAAAAAGAAACACUCCCUCCGGCACAAAGCUGCGAUAUGAGGUGGAUACGAGUGGAAUCCUAAACAUCAGCCCUGAGAUUUUCAAAAUGUUCCCAAAUGAUAUGCCCUAUUCCAAAUCCCAGUUCAAGAAAUGUGCCGUCAUAGGAAACGGAGGCAUUAUUAAAAACAGCAAGUGUGGACGAGAGAUUGAUGCAGCUGACUUUGUUUUACGAUGCAAUAUUCCACCCAUCUCAGAUAUGUACAGUGAAGAUGUGGGAUCGAAAACGGAUCUUGUUACAAUUAAUCCCAGCAUCAUAACAGAGAGGUUCCAAAAACUAGAGAAAUGGAGGAAGCCGUUUUACGAUGUCCUCCGGAAUUACCAGAACUCUUCUGUGGUGUUGCCCGCGUUCUACAACACGAGAAACACGGACGUGUCCUUCCGUGUCAAAUACAUGCUCGAUGACUAUGGGUCCACCCGGGGCGUGUUCUUCUUCCACCCGCAGUACCUGCUGAACGUCCAGCGUUUCUGGGCUGUGCAGGGUGUGCGGGCCAAACGCCUCAGCAGCGGUCUGAUGCUUGUUACCGCGGCGAUGGAGUUAUGCGAAGAAGUCCAUCUCUAUGGCUUCUGGGCUUUUCCCAUGAACCCCUCGGGCAUCUUCAUUACACACCAUUACUAUGACAAUGUCAAGCCCCGCCCCGGGUUCCACGCCAUGCCGUACGAGAUCUUCAACUUUAUGCACAUGCAUGCUCGUGGAAUCGUGCGUGUGCACACAAGCCCUUGUAGGUGAAACACGUCUGGUGACCCGCUGUCUGGUCGCUCUGUCUUGUAGAGCUGGUGGCGCUAUACAUCUCAACGCAACUCUGCCUCAAAGGCCAGAUGUUUUACUGCGUGUUUUUACAAUGUUUUGUUGGGACAGAAAAUGGUGUCUCAUGUUUGGUGAUUUUCUGUAGCGGUGUUGUGAUUGUGCAUCAGGUCAGAUAACACAUCAGAACACACAAAAGCUUGACACGUGUUGACCAAAUCAGUUAUCUCUGAAUGGUUUUAACAUUAAUGUAUAAAGGCAAAUGCUUGUACGUGUGUAUUGCACAAGUUCAAAAAUAAUGUAUGAUUUUUGGAAAAGGGAGUUGUGUUAUCAUAUCAAACACAGUUGUUUAUGUUAAGGAAUGGUUAUGCAGUCUAUCGGUCUUUGUCUCUCUCUCUCUCUCCCUUACACACGCACACAAUCUUAAGGUUUUAAUGUCCCUUAAAUUGACUGAUCGUGUUUGUAUAACACUGAAGCUUUAUAUACACAGGUCGCUUGUAUAUGAUAUUGUGAUAACUGUGACCUUAUGACUUGCAAACACGUUUCUGCUCUCACCAUUGGCUAUGUCUUACCCGCACAUGAAUACAGAGUUAUUCUGUUUCUUAAUUUAUGUUUCUUGAGCUUUAUUUUUCACUGUAGACAGUUAUGCAAAAUCACUGAGCUUUUAUGACCACCAACACACAUUUCAAAGUGUAAUUUUGUUUUUAAUUUUAGCUUGAAAGUCUCUCUCUCUCUCUCUCUCUCUCUCUCUCUCACACACAUACAGUGCUGGUGUCAGGUUUUGAGGCUGGGGUGAAUAAUUCAUCAGUUUCAGAGGUUAAUCAGUGUUAAUCAGACAAACAAAGUUUGAUUUCUCUGGAGUUCCUCUCUUUUACCUGCACACACAGAAACAGAAAGAACGAUUUUGGUCAUAAAUGCAGAAUUAUAAAUCAUUUCCACAACUUACUGUGUUUAGCUGUUUAACAUAUUUUGUACAAUUCUGGUAUAGAAUCUAAAUAAUCACUUUUUUUUUCAAGUUUUUAAAAGAUUGGUGACCUUGACAGAUGUUAUUUUGAUUCUGUUAAGCUCAUUCAUGUACAUUCCUUGGUCAUAACUGCAUUAACAUUAUAUCAAGUUAAAGCAGUGAUUAACAAUUUUAUUUUUUUACAGUUUUCUUCUGACACUGAACCAUCUGUUAUGAAUAUUGCUCUGAUAUAAUGCCUCAUUGGCCUGUGCCCAUUCCUGACUGUCUUUUUAACAAUUAUGUAAAUAAAAUUGUUUGGAAUUUCUAA